UUGUCUCCUGUAACACUUGACAUUCUUGAGUAAAUAAAAUCCAUCAAAGCCACGCCAUGGGUAAGACAAAAGUGGAAAGUGCGAAAAACGGGAUUGGUGGUGAUGAAAAUCAUCCUAAACUUGGGAAAGAUCAUAAUUCCAUUAAUAAUUCGGUGGAAAAGCCAGCCCCGAAUUUGGAGGGGGAGAAGCAGAAAAUAAAUCUGAAGCGAGAAAUUGGACUCCUCGAAGCUGUGGGAAUUACCAUCGGCUGCAUCAUUGGAUCAGGCAUUUUCAUCUCGCCGAAAGGAAUAACAACACAUGUCCACUCGGUCGGAGCUUCCCUGGUAAUUUGGGCCGUGUGUGGGUUCCUCAGCAUGCUCGGAGCGUUCUGUUUCGCCGAGCUUGGGACAACAUGGCCCUGCGCAGGGGGAACGUAUACCUAUAUUUUUGAGGCGUUCGGUCCAGUCCCGGCAUUUUUGAGCUUGUGGGCUCAGAAUUUAAUGUUUGUUCCGAUCGGAAAUGCCGUGACGGGGUUGGUCUUUGCAAAAUAUAUUGCACAACCCUUUUUCCCCACAGGGUGCGAAGUCCCCGAUUCGGCUGUUCAGCUCCUCGCAGCAGCUGCAAUUUGUCUCUUGGCCUUUAUGAACUGCUGCGAUAUCAAAUUCAUAAAUAAAUUCAUCAACACGUUCAUGUUCCUUAAAUUGACGGCGGUAGCAUUGGUCAUUCUAGGCGGAGGAUUCGCCGUAUUUCAAAGAGGGACGGAUAACUUUACAAAUAUGUGGGAAGGGUCAAAUAUCACGGUGGAAAGUUUGCUAUUUUCGAUAUAUGCGGGGUCAUUUGCCUUCGGUGGAUGGAGUGCCCUUUCCACGAUGAUGGAAGAGCUAAAAAAUCCAUACAAGAAUCUUCCGAGAGCCAUUUUCAUCUCGUUAACACUGGUCACGUUGAUUUACCUGUUGGCAAACGCGUCCUAUUUUUCCGUCCUGUCACCAGCGGAAAUGAUGCAGUCUGACGCUGUGGCAGUGACCUUUGUGCAUGAACUGGUGGGUUCCUACUUUGUGGGAAUUGUGCCCGUGUUUGUGUCCCUGUCCACGUUUGGAUUUCUAAGUCUUCACAUUAUGACGAAUUCGAGGAACUGCUUUGUUGGUGCGAGGCAUGGUCAUUUUCCCAGUGUUUUGUCCCUAAUAACUAUUUCCUAUCACACGCCAGCCGCUGCAAUUAUUUUUCAGUCACUCUUGUCGCUCGUCUUUCUCUACACGGCGGACGUAUUUUCUCUCAUUAAUUUUGGUGCGUUUAUGCAAUGGUUCUUCCAAACGCUGUGCAUCGUGGGGUUGAUCUACUUGAGGAUAACGAAUCCUGACUUGCCGCGACCCUACAAGAUUUCUCUCGUGAUUCCCAUAAUUUAUUUACUACUUUCUCUCCUCUUCGUCGUCAUCCCGAUCUACGUGUCGCCCGUGGACUCGUUGAUAUCCAUUCUCAUUACGAUCACCGGGCUCCCCGUGUACUACCUCCUCAUCAAAAGGACGUCGGAAAAGGGUGGCAGCAAGUUAAGUGACAACGUCACCGUUUUGGCACAGAAGGCUUUCAUGCUGGUAAAAGAAGACUGACGCGAUGAUGAAUAAUUUAUUUAAUAAUUAUCUACUAACGUUAGUAAACAAAAAUUCAGUUAAUUAAAUUUAAGUGUGAAAUUAACCCUGAUUUCAUGAAUAAUGUAAUAAAUUGCUAGCCAUAACUUGUGGCAUUUACUAAAAUAAACGUAUUUAGUUAGUAGUA